CACCUGACAGCGGGACGAACCUCCCUCUCUGACGUCAUCAGCUGAGGUCCAACCACAACUUUGCCGCAUGCACACGGUGUGGCAGUGAUUCAAGGAAGCGGAGAAUUUCCCACGCUUAACCCUGCAGGAGGUCGUCCGCGCCGGUUCGGCUCCGACCGUCAUCAUGUCCGACAGUGUCCUCAUGCACGUCAUCGGUAAAAUUCCAAAACCGUCAACAGCCGUGUUAGUGCUUCUAAAGGUGCUCUUGUGCAUCAUCCCGAUUGCUAUGAUCGCAGUGGGGGCAGAGCACCUGGACGACUGCCCCCGCCAACGCUACAUUCCCGUUUACCUGAUUGUGAUGGGCUUCUUCUUCAUGCUGCUGGUGAUAUCGGUUUACCUGCCCUGCACCCGGCAGCCCAAAGACGGCCCUCCGAACCCGCUCUACCGACUCAGCCUGGGUUGGAACGUUCUGUUGGCCGUGUUCCUCGUCGCCUGGUUCAUCGCCGGUAACGUGUGGAUCUACUCCAUAUACAAGCCCAACUACCACAAGAACAUCACAAUGCCUGAGCCCUACUGCGACAAAAGACUCUACCAGUUCGCCUUCUGGACUAUGACGCUAUUCUACAUCCUGGUGGGUGUCAUCGUGGCACUCGGCUUGCUCGCGCUGGUGUGCAUAUAUUUGUUCGGCCAGGCCGACCCCGAUGAUUACAUCUAGAAGUCCGCUGAGGUUUCGCCCGACCGUGUAGCGGCGCACGAGCGGCCUGCCGCCGAGGCCGCUGAGCCUUGACAGUAUCAUGACAUUGUUGGCGGUAUGAACAGAUGACACCACUCAUAAUUUUAAAUUUUGAUUCUAUUUUUUUCUGAAUAAGGAACAUUUGGCUGCAAUGUCAAGUAGUAGUUGCUAAAAUGAAGUAACAGGUCAAACAUUUGAUUGACAGUGUUUUUAUAUAUGGAGCUAAUUUUUUUUCUUUUUUUAAAUCAUUCAGGUUUGUUAAGAAACUGUCCAUUUUUUAUUUGAAAUUACAGCGACUUUAGCUAAUAAUGUUUAAACUGCUAGCAACAAAACACAUCCAAAUUGGGCUCGUUUCGUUAAAUUUGCAAAAUGUCAUUUCUUUGGUGUCGUUUACAUUUGUGAGAUAGCUGCCAUGUUUUUUUUUUUUUUUUUCUUCAAACUAGGCUUCUUCUUCUUGUCACAUUGCUGCAAAGUCUGUCCAAGCGAAACAAGCCUGUGAGGUUGUUGAUUGUUUACAUGUUAAAUCAGGAAGUCUUGUACAGCUUUAAACGAGGACAAUUUAAUUAGCAUUUUAACGAUGACAAUCUUCAAGUAUGACAUCUGAGGUUAUGUCACCAUGUUAUUGUUAAAUAAAAGACGCACUGAAUGGU